AUGGAAACAUUGAAACAUUCAAAUGAAUUGGUGGGAAAAGUUGACAAGAAUGAUGUGACUGAGAAACGCAGUUUGUUCCCAGAGCAUUUCCAGGUUGACUUCACUCUACGCUGUUAUGAGCCUGACAAAGAAAUCUAUAGCAAACUAACAAACCACGAUGACUGA